CUUUCGGGUGGGACUAUGCAUGGAGAGGGUCCCCAGAGGAGGCUGCUGGGUGCCCUCAAUGCCACACCCCCUGCCCCCCCCCAACUUGGGCUGGCCACCAACCAGAUGGGCCCCUGGUGCCUGGAGGUGUGAAUCCCCAAUGGGCUCUCGUGGCCCAUUGGGCUGGUGAGCCUGCUGGGGAGCAUGCUGGUGGUGGCCACCGCUGCUGAGAACCGCAGCCCACACUGCCCCACGUACUUGCUCAUAGGCUGCCUGGCUGUGUCCUGCCUGCUGGUGAGCACGAGCAGCUUGUUGGGGACGGUUGUCACACUGCUGCUGGAGGUAGGCACCCUGGCCACCCAGGCUGCCAUGGCACAGCAGCUGGCCAGCGUCCUCAGCCUGCUCACCUGUGGCUCCUGGGUGUCUGGCCUCUGCUUCCUGGCCACCAUAGCUGUGGACCGAGACCUCUGCGUCUUCUCUGUGCUGUGGUACCACCACAUCGUGAUGCUGCCAAGGUGUGACACGGCCGUCAGGGUGGCCAGUGUCAUCUCCAGCACCCUCUUUGUCACCUCCUGUGCCCACGUGGCCAUCCUGCUGGGUCCCAUCAGCCUCCUCGUGGCCAUGCUGGUGCUCACACAGCCUCGCCUGCUGCGUGGCAGGCAGCGCCUGGCCCUCCAGGGCUCUGGCCUCAGGGGCUCGGCCAUGUGCACCACCCUGCUGGGCAGCUUCCUCCUCUGCUGGGGCCCCUUCUCCCUGCACCUCCUGCUCAUUGUCCUGUGCCCUCGACACCCCACCUGCCACUGUGUCUUCAAGAACUUGCCUCUGGCCCUCGUCAUCUGCAAGGCCAUCGUGGACCCCUUCUACGCCUUCCACAGCCAGCAGCUCUGGAAGACACUCCGAGAGGUGCUGCUGUGCUCCCCAGGAGGGGAGGGCAGAGCGGCGGCGGGGGCGGCGGACCCUCGUCGCCAGCCCGGCCAGUCCGCGCCUCCCGCAGCCGCCGCCACAGCACCGAGCAUGAGGGAGAUCGUGCACAUCCAGGCCGGCCAGUGCGGCAACCAGAUCGGCGCCAAGUUCUGGGAGGUCAUCAGCGAUGAGCACGGCAUUGACCCCAGCGGCAACUAUGUGGGGGACUCGGACCUGCAGCUGGAGCGCAUCAGCGUCUACUACAACGAGGCCUCCUCUCACAAGUAUGUGCCUCGGGCCAUCCUGGUGGACCUGGAGCCUGGAACCAUGGACAGUGUCCGGUCUGGGGCCUUCGGACACCUCUUCAGGCCUGACAACUUCAUCUUUGGUCAGAGCGGGGCCGGCAACAACUGGGCCAAGGGGCACUACACGGAGGGCGCGGAGCUGGUGGACUCCGUCCUGGACGUGGUGAGGAAGGAGUGCGAGAACUGCGACUGCCUGCAGGGCUUCCAGCUGACCCACUCACUGGGCGGGGGCACGGGCUCGGGCAUGGGCACGCUGCUCAUCAGCAAGGUGCGCGAGGAGUACCCCGACCGCAUCAUGAACACCUUCAGCGUGGUGCCCUCGCCCAAGGUGUCGGACACGGUGGUGGAGCCCUACAACGCCACGCUGUCCAUCCACCAGCUGGUGGAGAACACGGACGAGACCUACUGCAUCGACAACGAGGCGCUCUACGACAUCUGCUUCCGUACCCUCAAGCUGGCCACGCCCACCUACGGGGACCUCAACCACCUGGUGUCGGCCACCAUGAGCGGGGUCACCACCUCCCUCCGCUUCCCUGGCCAGCUGAAUGCCGACCUGCGCAAGCUGGCCGUGAACAUGGUGCCCUUCCCCCGCCUACACUUCUUCAUGCCCGGCUUCGCCCCGCUCACCGCCCGGGGCAGCCAGCAGUACCGGGCCCUGACGGUGCCUGAGCUCACCCAGCAGAUGUUCGACGCCAAGAACAUGAUGGCCGCCUGCGACCCCCGCCACGGCCGCUACCUGACGGUGGCCACCGUCUUCCGGGGCCGCAUGUCCAUGAAGGAGGUGGACGAGCAGAUGCUGGCCAUCCAGAGCAAGAACAGCAGCUACUUCGUGGAGUGGAUCCCCAACAACGUGAAGGUGGCCGUCUGCGACAUCCCGCCCCGGGGGCUCAAGAUGUCCUCCACCUUCAUCGGCAACAGCACGGCCAUCCAGGAGCUGUUCAAGCGCAUCUCGGAGCAGUUCACGGCCAUGUUCCGGCGCAAGGCCUUCCUGCACUGGUACACGGGCGAGGGCAUGGACGAGAUGGAGUUCACCGAGGCCGAGAGCAACAUGAACGACCUGGUGUCCGAGUACCAGCAGUACCAGGACGCCACGGCCGAGGAGGAGGGCGAGAUGUACGAAGACGACGAGGAGGAGUCCGAGGCCCAGGGCCCCAAGUGAGGCCGCGGCGGGGCCAGGCCACGGCCAGAGGUCUGCGCUAGGGCUGCGCAGCCCCUGACGCCGCCCGCCUCGCCCCACCAGCCCCCGCCACGCCACCCCAGGGCUCCCGAGUGUCCGCCCUUCAGUGUCUGCGGCUCCGUCUUCCCACCAUAGGUCCUUCCCUUCCGUGUGUGGCUCAUUCGUCUCCGCUUUGUCAGCUCUAGGCCUGAAGUUUUAUUUUAUUUAUUUAUUUUUUACUGGUUUAUGUUCCUAUUUGGGGGGAUACUUAAUAAAUUUAUUGCUGUCA